CCAAACUAAAGCAGAAACUAAAGAGAGAUCACCCUCUCCAUUGCAGCAACUCUGUGAGCCUAAACCAGAGAGAGAGAGAGAGAGAGAGAGAAAGAGGAUUAAAAAAGUGAAUAAAAAGGAAGAGAGGAAGGGAAGGAAGAGAGAGAGAGAGAGAGAGAGACAGAGAGAGAGAGACAUCUCUGCUUUGGAGACUGGGAGGGGUUUAUGCGCAACUCUCAAAGCUUUGUAUAGUAAGUGAGUGAAUGAGUAUAGUCUGUUGACACUCACAAUCCCACUAGCCCACUUACACAAAACCAAAAACAAAAAUACCCAUUAACACAUGCUCCUCGAACUCGAUGCACUAAUAUCCUCUUCCUCCUCCUUCCUUCUCAUCACCUCCACUUAGCUUCUUCCUCUUCUCUCCUUUACUCUUUCCUUAUUCUCUUUCUCCUCCUCCUGCUUCUUCUUCCAUAUAUCCUUCACCUCUCUUUCUACUUCCAUACUUCGUUAAAUCCGUUAGAGGAUUAGUUUGAAAGUUCAGUGAAGAUGAUUACGUUGUUGGAUUUCUACCAUGUUAUGACCGCAGUGGUUCCACUCUAUGUAGCCAUGAUCUUAGCUUAUGGUUCUGUAAAAUGGUGGAAGAUCUUCACUCCUGAUCAGUGCUCCGGCAUAAACCGUUUCGUGGCUCUUUUCGCAGUUCCACUUCUCUCCUUCCAUUUCAUCUCUUCCAACAAUCCUUACACAAUGAACCUACGCUUCAUCGCUGCAGAUACUCUCCAGAAGCUUAUAAUGCUAGCUGUCCUCUUUGUGUGGAUGAAUGUCAGCAAGAGAGGUUGUCUUGAAUGGACGAUCACACUCUUCUCCCUCUCAACUCUUCCUAACACUCUCGUUAUGGGUAUUCCUCUGCUAAAGGGUAUGUAUGGGGAGUUUUCAGGGAGCUUAAUGGUUCAAAUCGUGGUUCUCCAGUGUAUCAUUUGGUACACUCUUAUGCUUUUCUUGUUCGAAUACAGAGGAGCUAGGAUGCUUAUUUCAGAGCAAUUUCCUGAUACUGCUGGUUCAAUCGUGUCCAUUGCUGUUGAUUCUGAUGUGAUGUCGUUAGAUGGACGAGAGCCUUUGGAGACUCAAGCGGAGAUUAAGGAAGACGGAAAGUUACAUGUCACUGUGAGGAAAUCGAAUGCGUCGAGGUCUGAGAUCUUCUCAAGGAGGUCUCAGGGGCUAUCGACGACUCCUCGGCCGUCUAAUUUGACGAAUGCGGAGAUUUACUCUCUGCAAUCGUCUAGGAAUCCAACGCCAAGAGGGUCGAGUUUCAACCACACUGAUUUCUAUUCUAUGGUCGCCGGCGGUGGCCGGAAUUCCAAUUUUGGAGCUGGAGAGGCUUAUGGGCUUCAAGCUUCAAGAGGGCCAACGCCUAGACCUUCGAAUUACGAGGAAGAGAAUAGUGGUAAGUCGAGGUUCCAUUACCAUGGAACGGGUGGGACGCAUUACCCUGCACCGAACCCGGGAAUGUUCUCUCCCCCUGGAUCGAAACCUUUAACAGCUAAGAGGCCUAAUGGGCAAGCGCAGCAGAAAUCCGAAGAAGGGAGUAGAGAUCUUCAUAUGUUCGUUUGGAGCUCCAGUGCUUCUCCUGUUUCAGAUGUGUUUGGAGGUCAAGAAUAUGGAGUUGCAGAUCAGACGCUGAAGGAUGUUAGAAUGGCUGUUUCUCCUGGAAAAGUGGAGAAUCAGAGGGAGAACCAAGAAGGGUACUUGGAAAGAGAUGAAUUCAGCUUCGGGAACAGAGGAGCAGGUGAUAGUGAGAUGAACGGCGAAGGGCGCAAAGUUGGGGACAACAAGGCCAAAGUUAUGCCUCCUGCUAGUGUGAUGACGAGACUUAUUCUGAUCAUGGUGUGGAGGAAGCUCAUUCGGAAUCCAAACACUUAUUCCAGCUUAAUCGGCAUCACCUGGGCUCUGGUUUCAUUCAAGUGGAACGUCCGUAUGCCUGACAUAAUAGCAAAGUCCAUUGCUAUACUGUCGGAUGCAGGUCUUGGCAUGGCCAUGUUCAGCUUGGGGCUGUUCAUGGCUUUGCAACCGAGGAUCAUUGCAUGUGGGAAUUCCAUUGCAGCUUUUGCCAUGGCUGUGAGAUUCCUUACAGGGCCAGCUGUUAUGGCUGCCGCUUCCAUUGCUGUUGGGCUGCGGGGCGUCCUCUUACGCGUAGCCAUUGUACAGGCGGCUCUCCCACAAGGAAUUGUUCCCUUUGUCUUUGCCAAGGAGUACAGCAUACAUCCUGAAAUUCUCAGCACUGCUGUCAUUUUUGGGAUGCUAAUAGCAUUGCCAAUAACGCUUGUGUACUACAUCUUAUUGGGACUGUGAGGAGUAAUUGAUCAGAGAAGGAAAAAAGAAAAAAAAAAUACUGUCUUUUAUAAAAAUGAUCAUGACCCCACCAGCCAGAGAAACUCCAUGGGGGAGCCAUGGAUGUGAAGUAAUGAAUUCAGUGAGCAAGCAGCAAUAGAAGAUGACAAGUGGGUCAGAGGAUGGAUCUAUGAAUCUUCUUCUUCUUUUGACUGGGUGGGUGGGUGAUGGGAUUUUCUAGUAAAAUUGUAAAACCAUGGAAUUUGUAUUCUGUAUUCUCUCAAUCAAUCCUUUUUGGGCUCAUUGUUUUAUCACAA